AUGGUUUUCUCAUGGUUACUCAAUUCUACAUCAAAAGAGAUCGUAGCCAGUUGCAUCUAUAUCAACAUAGCACGAGAACUUUGGUGUGAUUUACAGCAAUGCUAUUUGCAAACUAAUGCGCCUAGGAUUUUUCAGCUCCAGAAGGAAAUUGGAGAUCUGAUGCAAGAUGAUCUAUCUGUAAGUGCAUACUUUACUCGAUUGAAGACUCUUUGGGAUGAAUUGAUGAAUUAUAUGUCUUUACCUUCUUGUAUCUCUUCAAGAAAUUGUAAUUGUGAAAUUUUAAAAGCUGUUCUUGACCACCGGCAACUUGAAUAUGCGAUGCAUUUUCUGAUGAGACUUAAUGACACUUUUGCAAGUGUUAGAUCUCAAAUUCUGUUGAUAGAUCCAUUUCCUAAUAUCAACAGAGUGUUCUCUCUGAUCUUGCAAGAAGAAAGACAACGUGGUAUUCAUUCCAUUGUUAAAUUUGUGAAUACUGAUUCUACUGCUUUGGUUUCCACUACUCAGCAACAAAAUUCUCAGAAAUUCACUCCGAGGAAUAAAUUUUCUUCGAAACCUAAACCGAUGUGCAGUCACUAUGGAAUUGUGGGACAUACCAAGAAGAAAUGCUAUAAACUCCAUGGGUAUCCUCCUGGAUACAAAUUCACCAAAUCACGGAUUAAUUCUGUCAAUGGUAACCCUUCUGUUAAUGUUUCACAGGAGGAACACACUUUUGAAGGAUCUUCAUUACCUUUUACUCAAGAGUAG